AUGAUGGAAGAAAGUAAAGAGAUGAAGAGUCAAAUCAUGAAGCUGACUAGAGCUUUGGCUAUUCAAGAACGCAGCAAGUUCCAUUCACAAGCUCAGUCAAACUCAAAGGGCCAACAUAUGGCGCAAACCUCUUGUCCUGAUGAUCAAAGUAUAAAGGAGGUGAAUGCCAUCAGUACUCGUAGUGGUAAGAUUAUGGAAGGAUCAUUAACAAGUGUCACCACUUCAAGUAGUAAGGAAGUUGUCCCUAAAAAAGAUGAGCCAAUGAAUGUUCCGGUAAAGGUGCCUUUUUUCCAAGCUCUGCGUCCAACUGGGAAAGUGCCGGAAUACCAAAGUGAGAUCCUAGAGCACUUGACUCAAGUGAAGAUUAAUCUUCCUUUGCUACAUGUUAUCAAGCAAGUGCCUGCUUAUGCUAAGGUUAUCAAGGAUCUGUGCACUUUCAAAAGGAAGCACCAUGUUAAGAAGACAACAUUCUUGAUAGAACAGAUUGGGACACAUGAGUUCAACCAAGCUUUGCUUGAUCUAGGAGCGAGUGUUAACCUCAUGCCAUAUUCUGCCUACUCGCAACUUGGUCUUGGAGAAAUUAAGCCCAUAUCUGUGGUUCUGCAGCUGGCUGAUCGAUCGAUCAAGAAGCCUUGGGGGAUAGUUGAGGAUGUUUUGGUUCAAGUUGAUAAGUUCUAUUACCCCAUUGACUUUCUAGUCUUGGAUACUCAAUCCGUGGUGAGUAUAGAGUCCAAGAUUCCCAUUAUCCUUGGAAGACCUUUUCUUGCCACAACAAAUGCACUCAUCAACUGUAGGAAUGGUCUGAUGAAGAUAUCCUUUGGGAACAUGACUUUGGAGGUGAAUUUUUUUCACAUUGCAAAGCAACCAUGUGAUGAUGACGAGUACCACCAAACAUUUCUAAUUAACACACUCAUCUCGGAAGAGGUUUAG